AUGUUUUCGAGAGCAGCAUUCAGAGCGGCGCAACCGCUGAAGCGCGCGGCCAUUUCUUCGCGAUCCUACGCAACCGAGCCCGCAAAGAAGGGCACCAACCCAUUGGUCUUCGGUGCGGGUGCCGCCGCUGUCGGUGGUGCCGGAUACUACUUCUUCGCUACGCCGCAGGGCAAGAGCGUCGCCCAGCAGGCCGAGAAGAAGAUUGCGAGCGGUCCGGCCAAGGAGGCGUUCACCGGCGGCGACCAAGGUUUCAUUUCGUUGCUCUUGGAAGACGUUGAGAUCAUCAACCACAACACAAAGAAAUUCCGCUUCAAGCUCCCCGAGGAUGACAUGGUCUCGGGUCUCAAGGUGGCCAGCGCCCUCUUGACCAAGUUCAAGGAUGCUGGCGCCGAGAAGCCUGUUCUCCGACCCUACACUCCCACCAGUGACGAGGACACCAGAGGUUACCUCGAGUUGAUCGUCAAGAAGUACCCCAACGGCCCCAUGUCGACACACAUGCAUGACAUGGUUCCCGGUCAACGACUGGACUUCAAGGGCCCGUUGCCCAAGUACGCCUGGGAGACCAACAAGCACCAGCACAUUGCCCUGAUUGCCGGAGGCACCGGCAUCACCCCCAUGUACCAGCUGGCCCGCGGCAUCUUCAACAACCCCGAGGACAAGACCAAGGUGACCCUGGUCUUUGGCAACAUUUCCGAGGAGGACAUUCUGCUCAAGCGCGAGUUUGAGGACCUCGAAAACACCUACCCCCAGCGCUUCCGCGCCUUUUACGUCCUUGACAACCCACCCAAGGAGUGGGCCGGCGGCAAGGGCUUCAUCACCAAGGACCUCCUCAAGACGGUCCUUCCCGAGCCCAAGAGCGACAACAUCAAGGUCUUUGUGUGCGGUCCUCCCGGCCUGUACAAGGCUGUCUCUGGCGCCAAGGUCAGCCCCAAGGACCAGGGCGAGCUGACUGGUAUCCUCCAGGAGCUCGGUUACUCCAAGGACCAAGUGUACAAGUUCUAG